GACCUUUAUAGUUAUGUCUCAGUCCUAUUCCGUGAUGUUAACGAUCUCUCUAAAGGCUACUGGAACAGAGAUCCCUCGCGAUGGGGAGGUCUCUGUGACUGGGACAUGUUUUUCAUACAACAAAUACCAGAGGCAACCAAGCAGAACGUGCACAAUUCGCUUGCUGCCGAACUAAAAGUUCUUAUGAGAUUGCCGCCCUCGAAUCCUUGUCACCAACAUGCAGUUCUUAUGAUGACAUCUCUUAAGGUAAAAUUUCUACGCCAGAAAUGCCAACAAUUGUCAGUAUCCCUGCGGCCGGGCACAAACCAUACCCCUGCGGCCGGGUGCCGAGUAGCGUCGUUACAGAUGGCAAUCCGUGUGUUUGCUGGAAGUGGGGGAAGUGCUGAAUGCACGAUGGAUUGUCAUAAAAACGAUUUGAAUGUCAAUUUGUGGUCCAAGCGUAUGAAAGAGUUGGCUGAACUAACCGUUGCUAAUCGAGUGGAUACGGCAAGUUGGUUCAGUGUAGAAAGUGCGGCAUUUACAACGGGAGCCACGGUUUUGAAGGAUCAUUUUGAGAGGAAGACAGCUGACUUGUUGAGAAACAAUUUAACAAGUGGUCUGGUGAUGUCUCAAGAAACUGUAUCUGAGGGAAUGCCAGACGAAAUUAAUGAGACACCAGUAAUGAAGCAUUACAAGCAGGCACAGUUGGCAGAUCCUGAUACCGACAACAUUCACAAGCACAGGCACAAAAUGAUGAAUGAGGAUUUGUCCAACCUGCAUUGCAAUGACAAUAACCCCUUCUUGGUUGAUGGAACUGACAAUGAUCAUGAGUACCAGUGCCUCAUUGAACUGGCUAUAGACGAAUAUCUGGAUAACGAGGAUACAUCUAAGUUUCAAGACUCUGGCAAUGUGCUUGAACCAUAUGAUAAUAGUCAUGAGAAUAGCAUGGACGUAUAUCCAAAAGAUGACAGCCCUCCUGAUGUCUGGAUGCUGCCUUCUGGCAAGCAGGCAGACAAGAUUGUAAAAGUUCUUCCCAGAAAUGCACAUGAUUAUCACCCAAGCCAGUUCAACAUCAUUCGUCUUGGGGUUCGUGUUCGACGCCCCUCGUCAAUAUUACAAGAGGAUUGGGAAUAUUUGCAGAACUCAUUCGAGUUCACACGUGAGCUGACAUCUCCAAAGUCAGACGAAAUUUUGGAGCUGCUCGCAGAAUCAGAUUCAGCACACAACCUGGAGCAGGCCUUAAAGGUCUUACAGAUUGCAACAAGUGACAGACAAGCAAUGUUCUUCAGGCGAACACUGGAGAUGUUUCUGGAGAUUGUGUUCCUUGCUCCAAAGUCAGCCCUUCGAAGCAGCCGUACGCAGGAGUCAACAUUGGGGUCAUUAAUGCUCCAUCCAUUGUUGGAUCUUUUGACGCGGGAAGCCUCCACUGUUGAAUAUCAUCCUGGCGAAAUCCAUUCAGCGGCGAGUGCAUCGCAACGAGUGUUACGACGACGUCCAUUGGUCGAGGAUGACCGGCCACUGGGCCAAAAGGUUGAUGGAUUAUUUGUUAUCGAUGAUACUGAGGUGGGGCUUGUGGAGAUGACAGGGGGACCCACUGUCCGGGAUCUACCCCGCUACAUCAAAGAUCAUGUGCGUGGUUACUGGGGAAUGAGAGACCUCCUCAAUGGCAUUGCUGCUGAUACGAAAUAUUGCCAGGGGAGCUUUGCAGUGAUGCGCCGGCUUCGUGUAUACUUUAUCCAGACACAUGGCUUAGAUAUUGAGACCUGGGCAAUGGACUGCCCAGUCUCAGAACUCUUCAGAAUGUAUUUCGUUGGAUGUGGCAAGCUUCCAUUACAUUGGAACUACAAGAAUGAGUUGAUCACUUUGCUACCGCUUUUAUGGGACUUGAAGAACGGAUUAGAAAAAACAGGAAAUAGCCUUGAGUUAUUGAAGCUGACUUCAGGUCAAGUUCUUGCCAAGUCUCGUAGUCGGAAACGUCAUCAAACGAACGAUGCAUUGAACACAUAUUUUCAUACACAACAGCAGAAAUCACCGAUGCUGGCUGAUACUAAAAGGGACACAAAAAAAGCUAGAACGCUUAAACCACAUGAAGAUUAUCCUGAGAAGUAA